AUGAAGGCCUCACUUUGGCUGAUCAUUCUCGGCGUAAAUCUAUCCCUGGCCUUGGCUGUGGGAACUGAUUUUCAAGCCUCGUGCCAAGCCUUUUCACCCGAUACGAGAGAUACGAGUGCUCAUCGUGAGUUCACGGAAUAUGUGCCCGCCGGGACAAAUCUCAGUUUGCCGUACAAUGAUGCAACCUGUGCUCGCCCGUAUCAAGUUGUUCCUGUAGACCUUUGCCGGGUCGCAUUAUACCUGGAGACAUCCAACCGAUCCAGCGUGACCACAGAGCUCUGGCUCCCUCGAAAUUGGACGGGAAGGUUCUUGGGGACUGGAAAUGGCGGUAUCGAUGGUUGUAUAAAAUAUGAGGAUCUGGCAUACGGGGCCGCGAAUGGAUUCGCCGUUGUCGGGUCGAACAACGGACACAAUGGCACGACUGCCGCCUCGUUAUACCAGAACUCGGAUGUCAUCGCGGAUUUCGCUUGGAGAGCACUUCAUCUUAGCACAGUGAUAGGCAAACAAGUCACUAACGCAUUCUAUGGGGAAUCUCAUACAAAGUCAUAUUAUCUGGGUUGCUCCUUGGGAGGACGGCAGGGGAUCCAUUCCGCUGUGGACUUCCCGGACGACUUCGAUGGGAUUGUUGCGGGAUCGCCCGCACUGGACUUCAACAAUCUUGUCUCUUGGAGAGCAAGCUUCUUCCCUAUUACAGGUUCCACCGACUCCGCUGAGUUCAUCAAUGUAUCAACAUGGAAGAACGUGAUUCACCCGGAGGUGUUGGUCCAGUGCGAUACGCUUGAUUGUGUGGAUGACGGCAUCAUCGAGGAUCCUACCUUGUGCAACUUUCGUCCGGAAGUGCUAAUGUGUACGAAUGAUAGAAAAGAUAACUGCCUGAGCCCUGCGCAGGUAGAGAUCGUACGGAAGGUGUUUAGUCCAAUGUACGGUGAAGAUGGGCAACUGAUAUUCCCCGCAAUGCAACCAGGGAGUGAGCUCGAGGCGGCAGACAAGCUUUAUGCAGGAAAGCCAUUCAGCUAUUCUGAAGAAUGGUUUCAAUAUGUGGUCUAUGAUCCGUCGUGGGAUCCAGCCGAGUUUGAUAUUCAUGACGCAAAGGUCACGGAUGACUUGAAUCCACAGAAUAUCCGAACCUGGCCGAACGACCUGUCGAACUACGCAAAACGAGGAGGAAGGAUAAUUACCUUUCAUGGACAGCAGGAUGGUAAGAUCACAAGCUUCAACACGGUGCGGUUUUACAAUCAUCUUUUGACAACUAUGAACUUGUCUGCUUCUGAGCUCGACAACUUCUUCCGUUUCUUCCGUAUCUCCGGCAUGUCCCACUGUAGCUCGGGUCCAGGCGCAUGGGCAUUUGGGCAGGGUGGCAGCCCUGCCCCAACAAUGACACCGUUCAACAGCAAUGAGAAUGUCUUAGCUGCGUUGGUGGCUUGGGUGGAACGCGGGAUAGCCCCAGAGACAAUCACGGGGACAAAACAUGCUGAAAUCAAGAAGGAAUCUACCGCCGAGGCAGAGCAACGCACUGGUGACGAGGAGACCCCAAAGGAAGGAAGCCAUGAGAGCCAUGAACAGCACAGUAGCACUGGUAGAGAAGCUGGCGUCUUUCAGAACCAGCAUCCGUCGGUCAACAUUGAAUGCCGUGGCUACCCAUUGUUCUGGUUUCUUCCUGACCGUUUUGCUGCUCACGCCUAUCGACCCAGCGAUAUUCUGUCUUUCACGGAAUGCCCACCUGAAAUACCUACCUAUCAGGAACCUAGAUUGGGUACAGUCCCGGUUGGCAUGGUCUUAAACGUCCCGGAUCAUGUGGAUCAGAAUUCUGGUGUCAGAACUCGGGUGGCAUUUGACGUUGCACUUCUACACGUUUCUCUUGAUCCCCCUUUUUGGACUAUCGCUAGCAGGACCGGAAGACUCCUGAAUAACGCAGACUACUGCCUUGACCCUAGCUUUGCUACCGAGAAGCUUAGACUGAUCCGGGUCAGAGAGAUGAUACAGACGCAUAUUAUCGAGCUGACUACUUAUCGUCAUAAUUUCCUCUUGUUGUUACGCUCCUGGCGCAAGGAACGAAGGCUUUGGGAGGUUCGGCUAGCCCUCGCUCAGAUCAGACGGGGUAACAACUCACUAUUCCAGCAUCCUCUGACACAUGAAGAUCUUGAUCAUAUCUGCAUUUGGUACAGAGAGCAACAAGCAGCCGAGGACCGUGGAGAGAUUGACCCAUCCUCGUUUGGCCGGGUUACGGGCAUGGUGAAUCCGUGUGCCAAGGAGAUCGGCGCCAAUGUACAAGGCAGUUUGGUGAAUGAUGCUAUUGUCACUCGCUUCGAGAAGCUCAAAGAGGCUAUAAGGGGCGUUCUCGCUAGGAUCAGUACAUUGCAGGCCCAUGAAAACGAGAAGCGCCAGCGCCAGCGGGAACAACGCGCCAGGCGGGAGCAAGGAAUAACUGAGAGUGGAAACGAUGGUACGAGCCUUCCCGGAGAUGCCUUGUUGGUAGAUUUCGAAUUUGAUACUGAGGACCCCUUCCCGUCAGCUCCUGUGAUCGAUCCCCUGCCCACUGACCUCGAACAUCGCGCGGCACACUAUCACUGGCAAGUCGAAAGGCAUGCGGUUUGGGCCUCGAAAGGCUUGUUCAAGCGUGCGACCUAUCUUAACACAUUUCAACUUGCAGCUCCGGAUGACCUUUCCUUCUUCGAUAAACCGAGAGCACAGUGGCCCCGAGGACACCAAGGUCUGCUGUAUGCACAUGUGGACUAUAUCGACGAUUUCCAGGUGCAUCCUUGGGGAAUACCAGCAACCCGCUUCACUCAAGCUCUGCGUCACCAGCCUCGUUAUACUGCUGAUGUCAUAUAUUCCAAGAAGGCGCGUAUGGUCCUCAAGAGCAUUGAGAAAUGGUAUUUCGCGAACAGAGAGGUUGCGCUCGGCGGGAUUCAGGAUUGGCCUCUUCCGUGCCGUGUUCGAGACAGUCUUUUGGAGGCUAUCAGGGAACUGCAGUGA